AUGACCGCGGCAAACCCACAGGAUGACCUUGCAAAAAAGCUGCGAGCAGCCGCUACUGAGGCAAUCACCAAUGUUACAUUGGAUAAAGUUUUAGCAACUCCCUGGGAGGCUCAGAGACGUCAGCUUGUGAAUGAAGCAAAAUUUGCCCAGGAGCAAAUCAAGAACAUCAAUUGGCAGAAGAACGAACUUCAAAAUCGCGAAUUGGCCGCAGAAAAGCUUGACGCUCUUGCUACUGCCCAAGAGACUUUCGUAAGCAGAAGUGCACGGUUACCACGCUGA